CGGGGCCAGGAGAUGUACGCGCCGCACUCCAUCCGCCUGGAGGGCGACAUCACGCUGGGGGGGCUCUUCCCCGUGCACGCCAAGGGGGCGGGGGGCGCGCCCUGCGGGGACAUCCAGAAGCAGGACGGCGUGCACCGGCUGGAGGCCAUGCUCUUCGCCCUGGACCAGAUCAACAGCGACCCCGAGCUGCUGCCCAACGUCACCCUGGGCGCGCGCAUCCUGGACACCUGCUCGCGGGACACCUACGCGCUCGAGCAGUCGCUCACCUUCGUGCAGGCGCUCAUCCAGAAGGACACGUCCGACGUGCGCUGCACCAACGGCGAGCCGCCCGUCUUCGUCAAGCCCGAAAAGGUGCUGGGCGUCGUGGGCGCCUCGGGCAGCUCCGUCUCCAUCAUGGUCGCCAACAUCCUCCGGCUCUUCCAGAUACCCCAAAUCAGUUAUGCCUCAACUGCACCAGAAUUAAGUGAUGACAGACGUUACGAUUUCUUCUCACGGGUCGUUCCUCCUGAUUCCUUCCAAGCCCAAGCAAUGGUGGACAUAGUGAAAGCUUUGGGGUGGAAUUAUGUCUCGACAUUGGCUUCUGAAGGAAGUUAUGGAGAAAAAGGCAUGGAAUCAUUUAUACAAAUUUCCAGAGAGUCAGGUGACCUCUGCAUUGCCCAGUCAUUGAAAAUCCCACAGGAUCGCAAAGACAAGACCUUCGAAUUUGAUAAAAUUAUCAAGCUGCUCCUAGAUACUCCCAGAGCCAGGGCUAUCAUUGUCUUUGCCUACGAUGAGGAUAUAAAGCAAAUCCUUGCAGCAGCAAAAAGGGCUGAUCAAGUUGGCCAUUUUCUGUGGGUGGCAUCAGACACUUGGGGCUCCAAAAUGGGCCCCGUCAUCCAGCAGGAAGAUGUCGCCGAGGGAGCCAUUACCAUCCUGCCUAAACGUGCAACAAUAGAAGGAUUUGAUACCUACUUUACUUCCCGGACAUUGGAAAACAACAGAAGAAAUGUGUGGUUUGCAGAGUACUGGGAAGAAAACUUCAAUUGCAAGUUAACGAUUAGUGGGUCAAAAAAGGAAGACACGGAUCGUAAAUGCACUGGACAGGAGAGAAUUGGAAAAGACUCCCACUACGAGCAGGAGGGUAGAGUUCAGUUUGUGAUCGAUGCUGUUUAUGCCAUGGCUCAUGCCCUCCAUCAAAUGAACAAAGAUCUAUGCAAUGAUUACUCUGGUGUCUGCCCAGAGAUGGAGCAUGCAGGGGGCAAGAAGUUGCUGAAGUACAUCCGCAACGUUAACUUCAACGGCAGUGCUGGCACUCCAGUGAUGUUUAAUAAGAAUGGUGAUGCACCAGGACGGUAUGACAUCUUUCAAUACCAAGCUACAAACACCACCACCCCGGGGUACCAUUUGAUUGGCCAGUGGACAGAUGACCUACAGCUCAAUAUGGAUGAAAUGCAGUGGGGCAAAGGAGUGAAGAAAACCCCUACUUCUGUCUGCAGCCUUCCCUGUAAGCCAGGAGAACGAAAGAGGAUUAUUAAAGGGAUGAGUUGCUGCUGGCAAUGCGAGCUGUGUGAUGGGUACCAAUACCAGUCCGACGAAGUGAGCUGUAAGCUCUGCUCCUACAAUCAACGACCCAAUGAGAAUCGCACAGGAUGCAGCCCUAUCCCUAUUGUGAAGUUGGAGUGGCAUUCUCCAUGGGCUGUCAUCCCCGUCUUCUUGGCCAUGCUUGGAAUUAUUGCCACCAUUUUUGUCAUGGCAACCUUUAUUAGAUACAACGAUACCCCCAUUGUGCGGGCUUCCGGAAGGGAACUCAGCUAUGUUUUAUUGACGGGAAUAUUUCUAUGUUAUAUCAUCACUUUCUUAAUGAUUGCCAAGCCAGAUGUUGGGGUGUGUUCUUUCCGGCGUAUCUUCCUAGGAUUGGGGAUGUGCAUCAGUUAUGCUGCUCUGUUGACUAAAACAAACCGUAUCUACCGCAUAUUUGAACAGGGCAAAAAAUCAGUGACAGCACCCAGGCUCAUUAGCCCGACGUCACAACUAGCAAUCACUUCAAGUUUGAUAUCGGUACAGCUUCUGGGGGUUUUCAUUUGGUUUGCAGUUGAUCCACCCAACAGUAUUGUAGAUUAUGAUGAACAUAAGCCCAUGGAACCAGAUCAAGCCAGAGGAGUUCUCAAAUGUGACAUUACGGAUCUACAAAUAAUAUGUUCUUUGGGGUAUAGCAUUCUCCUAAUGGUUACCUGUACUGUGUAUGCCAUCAAGACUCGGGGUGUCCCAGAGAAUUUUAAUGAAGCCAAACCUAUUGGAUUCACUAUGUACACUACCUGUAUAGUAUGGCUUGCCUUCAUUCCAAUUUUUUUUUGCACUUCCCAAGCAGCUGAAAAGGUCUACGUACAGACUACAACACUUACAAUAUCCAUGAACUUAAGUGCUUCAGUGGCCCUGGGGAUGCUUUAUAUGCCGAAAGUGUACAUCAUCAUCUUCCACCCUGAACUAAAUGUCCAGAAGCGGAAGCGCAGCUUCAAAGCAGUAGUGACAGCAGCAACCAUGUCAUCGCGGCUUUCACACAAAACCAGCGACAGACCCAAUGGGGAGGCAAAAACAGAACUUUGUGAAAAUGUAGACCCUAACAGCCCUGCUGCAAAAAAGAAGUAUGUCAGUUAUAACAACCUGGUUAUCUAGUCCUCUGCAUCAGACGGAGUCAUGGGAGAAUGGAGAUUUUCAUCCAUUCAGCCACCUAACCUCGUGUCGGCCUGUUCCUGAAACUGCAGCGUCUGCACUGCUGGAAGCGUUGAAAGGCCAGGCAGUUCUUGUGGAGGAUCCAAGCAUUCUGAACAGCUGCUCUAUGAAAAAUAUCCUUAAAUUAUUCUUGGCUUAAUAAGUCACUGGCACUGCCGUUAGGCUGUGGUGUUGGACCUUUUUCUUUGUAUGGGAGGUACGAUCGAUGAGCUCCGAUCCGUGAGUUAGGCCCAGCUUCUCCUGGGUGAACUGCAUUUGGCAAUGGUGACUUUCAAGGGGCUAUUUUGUCUUUCUAUGUACUUCCAAACUGCAAGUUUUUGAACUUUCUGUACAGUUUGUGAGGGAUUUUUGCAUAUUGCCAUCUACGUUGUUUCAGAGGUUUACCAUUGGUUUUGAAUGCACAGUAUCAUGCAAGCCCUGUUCUUUCUAACUUUAGCACAUUAAAAAAAAUCCCUGAGAUUUCAAUGAAUUUAUGUACAUGACUUGUAUGAUCAUUACUGUACCACUGCAAUUCAGAUACGUUAUUUUUUUAAUUAAAAGAAAAGGGAGAAAAAGAUACUUAAGACCAAAAACUGUGCUGACAAAGCAAGUCCCUCACUCUCUUCCCAACCCUCCCCUUUCACCUCCACCUCCAUUCUCUGCCUUUCAUAAUUCUGAUGGCAACAGAGAAAGCAGAAAGGAUUGCUGAAUUUUGAUAGAGGUUGUCUUGAUAUUUGGAAUGCAUGCCAGUAAUGUAUUUUACAGUACAUGUUAACAAAUUUAUGUUGGAUAUUUGUAUUUGUGUUUCUAUUUCGUUCUUUUCAUUAAGGUAUAUAACUAUUUUGCAAUAAUUUCAAGAAUUCUUAUGGUAUUUGGAAGAAAGAAAAUGGCUUUUACAUGUCUUGAAGAGUUCUUUUUUUUUUCUUGGUUGAUGCCCCACUAUUGACUGACCAGUGUGAUUUAAAAAAAAAGACUUCUAAGGGAAAAAGCAUGUAUGUUUUAUACUGUUUGUAAUAAGUAAUUUCGUUAAUCUUGCUGCUUAUGUGCCAAUUUAGUGAGAACAAUCUUUGCCGCAGAACUCCCCUCUUUCCAUACUCUCAAUCCUGUGAUAUUG